CAUGGCAAGGGGCAGGAAAGCGUAGUCCCGAUGUGUGUGGCUCCCACCCGUGCCCACAUAAAUGCGUAGCAAGAAGGGACAAGGCAUUGGCGCCCUGUCCGCGGCCACCACCACCCCGUCAUCCGCCCGUAAGUCGGCCGGCAUCACUACCUCGUGGUGGCCUGCCAGCUGGCUUGGUUCCUUGGCACCGCUGUGGUCGCACGUGCACGGAGCAGGAAGUGUCGAGGGCAGCCUGCAGCAGCAACAGCAACAACAGCAGCAGCAGCAGCAGGAGGAGGAGGAGGAGGAGGAGGAGGAAGACAAAGAGGAGGAUUCAGCUGCAGCAUCCACCAUGCCUCAGGUUGCAGAGCAGCAGCAGCAUCUCGGCUUGCCCUUCCUCCCAGCAUCCUCUGUCUGCCUGUCGUCAGCGCCGCUCACACCGCGCUGGUCCCCGACAAGCGGUUUCGAAGGCGUGCACCAGCUGGUGGUCAGCGCGGUCGAGCUGCUACAGGGCCUGGGCUCACGCUGCUGCCCCGCCUGGCUGCGUCAUGCGGUGCCGGCUUGGGUGUGCAGCGGCUGGCUGGGCUGCAUCGCGAUUGAGGCGGCGUCUUUCGUUGCCACGAUGGUUGCGAACUGGGUGUUGCUGUCCGUGGCACUCCUAGCGGCCCAGCUGCUCCCGCCGUGCUUAAGAACCGGCUAAGCAUACAUCGGCGGGGCGCGCGGCUGCGGUGCUCCGGCCCCUGCGUGUGCCUUUAACCCGGCGGAUGGAUGGAGGAUGUAGGACGCGCAUGCUGGAGGGUGUCGGUCUUUAAAGGCGGCGGUUGGUCGGAUUCGCUGUGGUGUGCCGCUGUCGUGCGGCUGCUGUAGAUUGGGGAAGGCGGAGGCCUGCCCCACAGCAGGAGGGAGACAGGGAUGUAGGGGUUGAUGUAGGUGUGUCCCCCGAGACGGAAUGCACUGAUGGUGGUUUGAAGUGGUGGUGGUCGGCGAAUAGCUGGCCGGCAGAGCAGAGUAGCGCGGCGUGGUGAGGACUCGCGUCCUAUGCCACGUACUCGUGUCAGUACGCAGGGAACGAAAGGCGCCAGUAGGCCACAUGAUGCAAUUCGUAUUGUCAUGCGGAUGUCGAGCGUGUGUGCAUGUGUGUGGUGCGCACACCUCACGCCAGCAACGACAAUUUCAGGGCACAGCAAUGUGAAUGAAUAUGUUUAGGUGUGAAUGUCAUGAGUACUGCAAACACAUGGCUGGAGGAGGGAGGGGCGGAUGUGCUGCACUGCUGCUGCUGCUAAGCGGAGGGUACAAAGGCGAAGCUGCCGAUUGGACCAUCGUGUGCCAUUUGGGGUGCUAUAUGUUUAUUAUGGAGGCCAGUCGGCAUGACGUCAACGAUUGUGUGGGGAUGUGUGUGCGCGUCUACGUAUGUACUAAAUGUCUGUUGAUUGUGAAGCAAGAUGAAGGAGAACCCCGGGCGAUGCCACGCUUGCAAUAACUAGUGACAUAGUGUGACAUACGUUAAACCCCGUUCGCAGGGAAGCGCUCAGGCAUUGUAAACUGUUAGGAUGGGGUGCCCUUUUGAGGGGCUGCACACACGCACAGCAUUCGUGCAGUCAGGUGCUGCAUCGCCACAUUGGGGGUGUAGACACAUACGCUUGCAUGGUGCGUACGUUAGCCGUUAGGAGGACUGUCGGUAGUGAAGGCUGGGUGGUUGCAAUCAUCACGGGGG